AUGGCGCAGCCGCAGCCGCAGCAGCGGGUCUACCAAGCUUGGAAAGGGAAUAAUAGGUUCUUCCUCGGAGGGAGAUUGAUAUUCGGGCCCGAUGCCAAGUCCCUGCUCGUCUCGGUUGCGCUCAUCGUGGUGCCGGUUCUCGUCUUCUGCGCCUUCAUCGCACCGCACCUGCUUCACCGAUUCUCCGACUACAACGCAGGAUACGCGAUUCCUGCGGUGGCAGUCGGGUUCAUGAUCUAUGUGCUUCUGUUGCUGCUGAUCACCUCGGCUCAGGAUCCUGGUAUCGUGCCCCGUGCAUCGCAUCCACCAGAGGAAGAUUUUGCGUAUGGCAAUCCGUUAGCUGGGGAAACACCGGGCAGGCUGCAGUUUCCCCGUAUAAAGGAAGUGAUGGUUAAUGGGAUGCUUGUGAAGAUAAAGUAUUGCGACACCUGCAUGAUUUACCGGCCUCCUCGGUGCUCGCACUGUUCGAUAUGCAACAACUGUGUGGAGCGAUUCGAUCAUCAUUGCCCCUGGGUUGGACAAUGCAUUGGUCAGCGCAAUUACCGAUACUUUUUCCUAUUUGUUUCUUCCUCGACUCUUCUUUGCAUUUAUGUCUUUGCCAUGUCGGCUCUACACAUCAAGUUUCUCAUGGACGGAGACUAUCCUACAGUAUGGAAGGCUUUCAAACACUCUCCAGCUUGCUUGGUGCUUAUGAUAUAUUGUUUCAUUGCUCUCUGGUUUGUUGGUGGGCUCACUGGAUUUCAUUCAUAUCUCAUUAGCACUAACCAGACGACAUACGAGAAUUUUCGGUACAGAGCAGACAGCAGGCCCAACGUCUAUGACCGAGGAUGUCUGAAUAACUUCCUGGAAGUCCUGUGCAGCAAGGGGAAACCUUCCAAGCACAGGUUCCGAGCCUAUGUUCAAGAGGAGGUACGCGCUCCAGUGGUUAACUUCGGUAGGCAGAUGGAGGAGGAACCAGCUGGCGGCCCUCGCGCAAAGGUAGAAGACGAUCCUGAGAUUGGCAGCGAUCUCCUGAAGAUCUCUCGGCGGCGCAACUACGAGGACGUUGACGUCGAAAUGGGGAACCAGGACGACGGUGAGAAGGAAGGCAUGGGCGACGCCAAACUGGCGGCGGGUUCGGGAUCGCAGAUCCCUGCGGUCGGGAGCGAGGUGCGGGUGCGGCACUCGAGCUGGGACCGGAGGAGUGGGAACUGGGACAUGUCGUCGGACGUGAUCGGAAGGAGCGCAUCGGAUGUGCUUGGAAGAAGCGCUUCGCUCACCGAGGCUGCGCCGCGGUCUCAAAGAGAAACUCACUAG